GUUGAGUGCCACCCCUCCUCUAUAAAUUACUCCAUCUGAGCCUCCGGUCGCCACUUGUAAUCCGCUUCAGAGUUGUUUUCGCACUGAACGAGACAGACGACAAACAUGAGGAAUCUCGGCUUGUGGAAUAUUCUGGUUGUAUGUUUCGCCUCACUUGCUUCAGCUCAAGUGCUAAAGAAAUGUUUCGCACCGCCGGAAUACCCACACACCACGCUGGACAAGAAAUUUGCUGCCAGACAGACGUUUAACACUGGGGAGAAGGUUUAUUAUAACUGCGCCGAGGACUUCACUCCAACCAGAGGCAGCCGAGCUGUGGAGUGUAAUGCAGGAAAAUGGUCCAGACUGACUCUAAAAUGUGAAAAGAAAUCAUGUGGCAAUGCUGGGGAUCUACCAAAUGGGCAGUUCGUGUACGAAGGGAAUUCAUUCGUUGGUGAGAAAGUUUAUGCUGAAUGCAAUGAGGGAUACACACUGAAAGGACUGAACUAUAUGAUAUGCAAGAGGUCUGGAUGGACUGGUGAAUUCCCAUCUUGCGAAGAGGGAGAGACCACCUGCUCCAUGCCUGUGGUGGCCAACUCUGUCAAGAUUGGAGGAAAUGAUUCUGUGUACCGUGUGGGAGACAACGUGACCUUCAUCUGCAGUCAGGGUUUCCAGCUGGAAGGAGCUCAGCAGGUCGCCUGCGGUCCCAAUGGCCAGUGGCAGCCUCAGCCUCCUCAGUGUGUGCCUUUACCUGAUAAAGCUCAACAGUCAUCAGACAAAGAAACAGGCGGAUGUGGUGUGCCACUAACCACCAAGAACUCCAACGCCAACCUCGCUGACAAAUACAUCACAAUGACAUCUUUUGCUUCUGGUGACGGAGUCCAUUACAUGUGUGAUGUUGGAUACAUCCAUGCAGGCGGCAGCAGAUACCGCACGUGUAAGGAUGGAAAGUGGACACCACUGUACAUGAAAUGUGAACCAAAGUCGUGUGGUUCUGCAGGAGAGAUUCAAAAUGGACAGUUUACAUACAGUGGAAUAGAGUUUGGAGACACUGCUACAGCUGUCUGUGAUGAGGGGUUUAUUCUUGUGGGACAGGCAACCAGAAACUGCAUGAGUAAUGGCUGGGAUGGACGCGUUCCUGUUUGUGAAGCUGUGGUAUGUGCAGAGCCUCAAACGGGGACAAAUACAGAGAUGCUAGGUUUUCAGGAGCCACCUUACACAUACAGGAGUGUGAUUCGCUAUCAGUGUCGUAUGGGAACCCUCAUUGGACAAAGGGAGAUCUGGUGUACCAAGGAUGGAACAUGGAGCGCACCUCCUCCUGAAUGCAAAGAAAUGACAUGUCCAUCUCCAAAUGUGCCUGCCGCCUUCUGGAGGGGAAUGCAGAAAAAACUGUUUCAAUACAGGGACACACUGUCAAUCGAGUGUAAACCAGGCUACGCCAUCAGUGGCUCGAACAUUGUUACCUGUGGUCAUGAUGGUCGAUGGUACCCUGGACUCCCCAAAUGUAGACGCACAUCACGUCGUAGCUACUGGAGGAACUAAUAUACACUCUGAAAUGUGAAAUCACAGUAUUGAAUACAACCUGCUUCAGUCCAGCCAUUCAACAGCAGUUGAGGGUGAAAAAAAAUCUCUUAAGCUGAGCUAAUAAAGUUUUCCAUGCUUUUUAAAAUCCACCUUUCAGUAAUGCAUUAACAAUAAUAUAUUUUCUUAUUUGCUUAUAAGACCUGUGUAAACUUAUUAUACAGACAUUAAAAUUUGUUUGAAAUGAA